GGCAGGGGCGGACUGACCAUUUGGAAACUCGGGCACUGCCCGAGGGCCUGGGGUCAGUAGGAGGCCCCAUGAGAUGCCCCUGGUACCUUUUUCAUAGGCUUUUUUGAGUUUGGGAAAGGACACAGGGGCCCCAUGAUCCCCUAUUGCCCAGGGGCCCCAUGAGUUGUCAGUCCGCCCCUGCCCACUACCACUACACUGUGUGCAGUUGUGGCCAGCUUUCAUCAAGUGUACCAAUAACACAAGGGCCCCAACACAGCUGGCAGAAGAUCUAU